UUAGUCAAAUUGACUAAUACAUUGUAACGGUUCUGGUACAGCCACAAAUAUGGUGAAAACUUGCAAAACAGCAACCACGUUACUUGGCCAUAAUGGAUUAUUGAUCAGAUGUGAUGACUUGUUGACUAGGAAUUUCCUUUGGACUCUAUGAUGACAUGCAGUUUCAUUCCUUUUUUGUUUUAUUGCCAU